AUGUAUUGCUUGUUCAGCCCUCAUUGGAUUCAAGGAUCUCGUGGACGGGAAACCGACAUCUUUACGAUUAUCACCUAUCAUUUUGACUCACGUGCAACCUACGAGCUCAAUCAGUCCGGUGGGAUCAAAUCCAUACUCACUAAAGCACAGAAUAAGAUUGCUCGUGCUCUAGAUAAGAAAUAUCAAGGUUCAUUUCGGCCUGGAUGUUUUGCCUCUGCUGACUAUUUCAUCGAAGUCAUUCUUGAUACAUCAAAAAAUAAAGCUGUAAUCCUCAAGACCCUCUUCAAUUUCACCAACACUUUACAAUAUCAUUGUGCACAUUUCCCAGAGAAGCAUCACUCUGAAGAUACCCGCACUGAGAACACUAUCAAAAUCACUCGUAAUGCAUUUGAUGGUGCCGAAAUCGAUCAUCACAACAUUUCAGCUCUCCUUGAACAGUGGACAACAACCGGAAUCACUAUCAAAUGUGGUAGAGUCUGUACUACAUGCAAAGAACACCAAAAAGCACAUUAUGAGGAAGAAUCAACAUCGACUCCUACCACACCAUCAUCAGAAUCUUCAACUGUGGAAGUGGUAAAACAAAUACCAAAUUCGUCCUUUAAUCCUCCAGAUUUAAUCAAGCACUCGACACUCAAACUCGAAUCCAAGCCGCUUCACCUUUACUUUCAUCUUGAAGUCACAUCAAUACUAGACUUGGAUGAACGUGCUAGUAAUCCAAACUAUCCUGGAUUCAUUACCUCUCAAGGUGUAGCUGAAUUACUUGCACCUCAUCGACCUCAGAUACUUGAAUCAACUAAGGAAGAUUUAUGUGCCUCAGAUGGAAACACAGAUGAACUUUUCUUGGAAACUCGAACUGUAAACAACCAUGCAAAUAAUGUUAAGGUAGAUAAAAAGGUCAAGGUGAAUCAAAAGGUUUCAGUUUUAGAAGCUGAAGUUGAUCCUUCAACGGCGGAAAUUGAUGGGACAGCACCAUCCAAGAGGCGUAAGGUCAACAAAAGGGCAGUUUUGACAGAUUCAAAAGAUGUUCUUGCAGCAGGUGACACUUCAACGUUGAAACCAAAAUCUCCAAAAGGUUUACAAUUGCCGCUUGAAGUGCAUUUAACGGUCAAUCAUCAGGUAUGA